AUGACAAUCAAGUUCGGGGUCAUCCUCUUCAUACUUCUUGCGCAAGGUGCUCGUUCUGAUCUACUGGAAUAUGGCGCCGACGACGAGGAUCCCAACGACACCAGUGUCAACCAAAUGCUGGUCCCCAGGUCGCACCAGGCGGACGCCACGCGCAUCCUCAACAAUUUGCUCAAGGAAUACGACAAGACGCUGCGGCCUGACAUCGGAGUGAAAGCUACAGUCAUCGAUGUGGGCAUAUAUGUCAACAGCAUCGGGCCUGUGUCAUCCAUCGAUAUGGAGUACCAGAUCGAUAUUAUCUUCGCCCAGACCUGGGUGGACACCCGUCUGCGGUUUAACAGCAGCAGCAGCAGCAGCAGGCGGCUAACCCUCAACAGCAAUAUGGUUGGCUUGAUCUGGCUGCCCGACACCAUCUUUAGGAAUUCCAAGAAUGCCGACUCCCACUGGAUCACGACGCCCAACCAGCUGCUCCGGAUCUGGAACAAUGGAAAAGUGCUCUACACGCUGAGGAUGACCAUCAACGCAGAAUGCCAGCUGCAACUCCAUAAUUUCCCAAUGGACGAACACUCCUGUCCACUCGUCUUCUCCAGCUACGGCUACCCACGAGACGAGAUCAUUUACAAGUGGAGCCGGAACUCGGUGGAGACUUCGGACCAGAAAUACUGGAGGCUUUACCAGUUUGAUUUCAUGGGGCUCAGGAACACCACAGACGUGCUCACAACAACAGCAGGUGACUAUGUGGUGCUGAGCGUGUACUUUGACCUCAGCAGGAGGAUGGGCUACUUCACCAUCCAGACCUACAUCCCCUGCAUCCUGACCGUGGUCCUCUCCUGGGUCUCCUUCUGGAUCAAGAGCGACGCCACGCCUGCCAGGACGGCCUUAGGUAUCACCACCGUCCUGACCAUGACCACCCUGAGCACAGUGGCCAGGAACUCGCUCCCCAGAGUGUCCUACGUGACGGCUAUGGACUUGUUUGUCACCGUCUGCUUCCUGUUCGUCUUUGCCGCCAUGAUCGAGUACGCCAUGCUCAACUACUACUCCUACAGCAUACGCAGACCUCCCGCCAAGAUGCAGAGAAUGGCCUACUCGUCUUUCAACAUGGGCCACACCCCUCGCUCCAUGAUGCCCGUGGGCAACUCUCUGUUCUGGCAGGACUACGAUGACAACUGCCUGUACGAGUGCCUGGACGGGAAAGACUGCAAGAGCUUCUUCUGCUGCUACGAGGAGUGCAAGGAGGGCGGCUGGAGGAAAGGACGCAUCCACGUCAACAUCUGCGAGCUGGACGCCUACUCGCGGGUUUUCUUCCCCACCUCCUUCCUGCUCUUCAACAUCGUCUACUGGGUCAGCUACCUCUACCUCUAG